GACGCAUUUCCGCUGUGCUGCUUCACUCGUAAUGUACACCGUACGCCGUGAGAAAUUAUUUUGCUUUUAUUUAGGUGACCCGUACAUUGCCAGAUAUUUCAGGUUAAAGUUAGCCUAUAUAAAAUGCGGAGCGUCCUAAAUUAUAAAAUAUAUAAUGCAUGGAUUUUUAAAACUGAUAUCGUUACGAUUGUGUUUUUCUUGAUAUUUCGAUUAAUAGUAUUAUAGUUUAUGUAGUGAAGGAUGCUCCCACGCUUAAAUGUGAUUGCUAGUCUAUAUUACUGUAUCCGUAAAAUAGGAAAAUACGAAUUAUAAUUACAGCUGAAAUAUGUUUUAUUUCACGUAGGAGUUAAAAUGAGGCAAUUCAAAAUACCGAAAUAACCUAUUCGUUAGCGAGCGGACGCAGCCUGGGUGUAAUUGCCUAUUAAUAUUUCUUGAAUACUAACUUGAAGAUCUUAUUCUGUUUUACCUUUGGGUGAGAAUGAAAGUGGACGGCAUCGUGCCGUUCGUAUGUUAUUUUUCUUUUCAUGUUAAAAACGCAGACAUUAGCACUAUAACGGCGCACAGCGCAGCCCAGGGUGGACGUAGGAUGCCUCGGGUAGGGGAAGCUCUGAGACGCGGCAGCUCUGGAAGAGAAGAAGCGCGCGUCUCCUUUAAGAUAAACCAGGGAAGCGGUGGCCACGUUUGCCUGGGACGGAUUUCCAACAUUCAGUCUUAAAAAAAAAGAAUCCUCGCACUGUAAUAUUCGCCUGGUGCGUACCCACUGGUGGAUGGAAACUGGCGCCGAAGUUAAAAGCGACAAAACGGGCGAGGAUGGCUUCGUUUUGGGCACCAGCAGUGGUGCUCGCCGCCUUGCUUUUCGUUACACUGCCGGCGUGUACGCUUGCCUGGGACGCCGACUGGGAGCUCUAUGACUUAGUGGAGGAAAUUCCUCAGACUUUUUAUGAAUUCUUAUCUGUUGAACAGGACGCCUCGUUCGCAGACAUCAGAAAGGCCUAUCGCAAGCUGUCCCUGACCCUGCACCCCGACAAGAACAAAGACAAGAACGCCGAAACUCAGUUCAGACAACUGGUGGCGAUCUACGAGGUACUGAAAGAUGAGGAGCGACGACAGAGAUACAACGACAUCCUGGUUAAUGGACUGCCCAACUGGGGGCAGCCGGUAUUCUACUACCGGCGGGUGAGGAAGAUGAGCAAUGGGGAGCUGGGCCUGCUUCUCUUCCUUAUCUUGACAGUUGGCCACUAUGCAGUCAUCUGGUCCAUCUACCUGGAGAAGCAGCUGGAUGAGCUCCUGAGCAGGAAGCGAAGGGAGAAGAGGAAGAAGGCUAGCAGUAGGAGUGGGGAGGAGCUGAAGCCCCUGGGCCAGGAGAGCAGCGAGAGGUCAUCUGAGAAGCCUCACUGGCAGGACAUCUUGCCUCUCAAGAUGAGCAUCUGGCUGUAUCUAUCUAUAAAGUCCCUGCCCCACCUGAUCCAGGAUGUGAAGCAGUAUUACGAGGAUUACCAGGAGAUGAAGAUGAAAGCAAGGCAGGAGGCCCUCGAGCUGGCGGAGCAGGAGGCGCUGCACAAGGAGAAGAGGACCAAGGUGAAGAAGCCCAAGGCCGCCUUCCCGGUGUAUGAGCCCCCCUCGGCAGAGGCGGCUUUCGUGCCGGCGUAUGAUCAGGGCGCAUCGAUCGAGGAGAUCGAGGAUCAGAUGGACGACUGGCUGGAGGACAGGAGGAGCCAGAAGAAGAAGGCACCCGAGUGGACAGAAGAGGACCUCAGUCAGCUGACACGCAGCAUGGCGAAGUUCCCAGGGGGCACACCAGGUCGAUGGGAGAAGAUCGCUCACGAGCUUGGCCGGUCAGUGACUGACGUCACUUCAAAGGUGAAACAAGUGAAAGACUGUGUCACCAACACAUCCGGUCUGGUGAAGCUCUCUGAGCUCAAGUCUGGCGUGCAGAUGGGGAAGAGCAUGAAGGCGGCUACCCUGCCGGACAGCAUCAUUACACAGAGAGAAGACCUGGGGGCGGGCCCCACGGAGCCAGGUGAGGAGGACACUGAGGGGAGGGCCCGACACAGGAGGGGUAACCGGCUGGCAGCUCCCGGGGGCGACGACAAGGCCCGGACUCGACGGCAGAGGGACUUCGACCCAAACGCUACAGUUGAUGAUGACAGCGCCGAUGAGCGCAAGCCAGGCGGGGGCAGGCCGAUGGGCCCAGAGGAGCUGUGGACUCAGAACCAGCAGAAGCUCCUGGAGCAGGCUCUGCAACAGUAUCCGCGUGGCACCAGCGAGCGAUGGGACAAGAUCGCCAAGGUGGUACCAGGCAAGACCAAGGAAGAGUGCAUGGUUCGCUACAAGCUCCUGGCAGAGCUCGUGCAGAAGAGGAAACAAGCCAAGAGCUGACUCCAGGACAUUGCUGUGCCCUCGUACCUCUCACCUGCCUGCCGUGUGCCUUCACUCCACCCAAACGGCCCGUCGGCCAGCGGACGUCCAGCUCAUCCCCCCUCCCCCCCCCGUCCAUCGCCAUGGUUUUAUUUAUUGAGCACAGGCUGUCUUUAUACUUGAGUGCUUUUAGUUGGACACUUUACAUGAAAGGAAAUGUCUAUGCAACAGGCUGAGGUGAGUUUGUAACCAAAGCAGGACAGACUGAUGUGCAUUAAAGUGUUUCCAUAGGCCUGGAA